AUGAGGAGGCCUGCAAGGUGUUAUCGACAGAUCAAGAAUAAGCCAUACCCUAAGUCACGUUUCUGUCGCGGGGUUCCUGAUCCUAAGAUCAGAAUUUACGAUGUCGGCAUGAAUAAGAAAGGUGUCGACGAGUUUCCUUUCUACGUCCAUCUUGUUAGUUGGGAGAAGGAAAAUGUGUCAAGUGAAGCAUUGGAAGCUGCUAGGAUUGCCUGCAACAAGUACAUGUCAAAGUUUGUUGGAAAGGAUGUGUUUCACUUGAGUACUUGGAUAGCUCUUCUGUUCUGUUAUUCAUCAUGGGAUAUCUAUUUUUGCAUUUGGUUUAACAGUCACUUUAAAUGCUUGCUCAGGGGUUUCACCAAGUUUAACCGAGUCGAUUACCUCAAGUACAAGUCAGAGAACAGGAUUUUGCCUGAUGGUGUGAAUGCUAAGCUUCUUGGGUGCCACGGCCCAUUGCCUAAUCGUCAACCUGGAAGAGCUUUUAUUGCAGCUUCUUAG